GACGCAUGCACGGCCAGCUGAGACGCAGUCAUAGAGGGUGGGCCUACGCCUGGCGUCGGAGGUCUUGCUCCGGUUCCGGCUAGUCUCCCUCAAAGACCAGAGAAGUCGGCUCACCCAACGGUUAACGGUGCCAGGGCUCUUGGGCGAGGGGACCGCAGCGGCGGCGGUGACCCCGCGGGCGGGAUGUUCCGAGGGUUGAGCAGUUGGUUGGGCUUGAACCAGCCCAAGGGGGCGGCGGCGGGAGGAGAGCCGCCCAGCGGGGACAAGCUGUCGGCGGGAGCCGCGCCUCCUGAGGAGAGCUCUGAGCGGCCCGUGAAACCCACGGAGGAGGAGGAGGAGCAGCCCACGGAGGACCCACAGUUCCUCAACCAGGCCAAAGGCCUUGGCAAUUAUUUGUAUAACUUUGCAAGCGCUGCCACAAAGAAGAUAACUGAGUCUGUUACAGAAACAGCCCAAACAAUCAAGAAAUCUGUGGAAGAAGGAAAAAUAGAUGACAUCCUUGAUAAGACUAUUAUAGGAGAUUUUCAAAAAGAACAGAAAAAAUUUGUUGAAGAACAAAAUACAAAAAAGUCAGAAGUGGCUGUGCCUCCAUGGGUUGAGAGUCAUGAUGAAGAGACAAUUCAACAGCAGAUUUUGGCUUUAUCAGCUGACAAGAGGAAUUUCCUUCGUGACCCACCAGCCGGUGUGCAGUUUAACUUUGACUUUGAUCAGAUGUACCCUGUUGCCCUGAUCAUGCUACAAGAGGAUGAGCUACUAAGCAAGAUGAGAUUUGCCCUCGUUCCUAAACUUGUGAAGGAGGAAGUCUUCUGGAGGAACUACUUCUACCGAAUCUCCCUGAUUAAGCAGUCGGCCCAACUCACUGCACUGGCUGCCCAGCAGCAAGCCUCUGGAAAGGAGGGAAAAAACAGCAGCAGAGAUGAUGAUUUGCCUCUGACAGAGGCAGUACGGCCCAAAACACCACCUGUCGUAAUCAAAUCUCAGCUUAAAAAUCAAGAGGAUGAAGAGGAAAUCUCUACUAGCCCAGGAGUUUCUGAGUUUGUCAGUGAUGCUUUUGAUGCCUGCAACUUAAAUCAAGAGGAUUUAAGAAAGGAAAUGGAACAACUUGUUCUUGAUAAGAAGCAAGAGGAAGCAACUGCAUUAGAAGAAGAUUCUACUGAUUGGGAAAAGGAGCUACAACAGGAGCUUCAGGAAUAUGAAGUGGUAGCAGAGUCUGAGAAGCGAGAUGAAAACUGGGAUAAAGAAAUUGAAAAGAUGCUUCAAGAGAAUUAAUUGUCUCUGUAAACCAGUUCUUAACAUUGUGCUGACAUUAAAUUCUGACCAUUGCUGAGUCAGAAGGCACAAAAGUGUGUAACUUUAUGCAAUUUGAAAUUAUUCUUUUUCUAGCUAAAAUUUGCCUCUUAAAUGAACAGCUAUUGUAAUAAUCAAAACCAACAGGAUAUUGUACGUAACAUUUCAUAUAAAUAAAACUAGCGUUCUUAUAGGCAGCAGAGCUAUCUAUGCCACAGAAACACAGGUAAAAUACUAGAGUUUGUUUUCUACAAGGUUGGCAACAUAAUUUAUUCUUUAGUUAUGGUUUUCUAUAUAUGCCUUUUUGUUGAUACAUGGUUAAAGUACUUACUUAAUAACUUACUAUCAGAAUGACCAAAUUAUACCAAAGAACUUAAAAGAAAGCACUUUCAAAAUAUUUUCUUGCCAGAUGUUUCCUAAAAUUCUAUCUGAAAGACAAAAGCUGAGAUACUUAUGUUCAGUUGAAUGACAUAAAUAUCACCCAGUUUGACAUUCCAAAACACUUUCUAUGCAGGGCUAGGGAUGUGGUAGACACUUGUUCACAAUGCCCCAGGUUUCACCUCCCCUAUCUCAGUUAAAAAUGGAAGCUAGUAGUAAAAGAAAGUUUUACUACUCCCUAGAGCCUUCUCAUUUUGCUUUGUUAAGUAUACCACAAAUUCAACAUUGUGCUUUUUGUAGGAACUAAGGCCUUCAGUCCUUUUUGUAUUAAUAACUGUCAAGAAGCCUGUUUACUUUAAAGUUUGUCUUCCUGGUAAUAGUCACUAUGUAUAAAUGUCUUAAAUAAUUAGCCUUUAUAGAAUGAUCUUCCUUGAUCUAGAACUUACUAAUUAAUACUUCUUGUAUUCUGCUAUGCCAUCAGGCAUCUGUUCAUAGAAUGUGAUCAUUUUAAAAGAGCAAGGUGAUUUAAUGUUAGAAAACUAACUACCAUUCACCUUUCAUAUUUUCACAGCGCCUUUAUUUCAUAAGGGGAAAUAAAAUCAAGACAUUUCUUUA